AUGCCAGCGCUACAUUUUAUAUUCCGCGAGUUUGGCGAGAUCCGAUUACGAAAUUCGAAUCCUGGAAGUGUUUUUGACGCGCAGUUCUGGCUGCGAGCCCGGGUGUUCCGUUGGAAGGCUCUGUAUUAUGCCGUUGCAGACAUCGAGCAGCGCGUGCGCGCGCUGGCGGCCGGCGUGCCGGGCGACGACGCGGCGGCGGACCACUCCUUCGCCGAGCGCGCCGAGAACUACUACCACCGCCGCCCGCAGCUGCUCGCGCUCCUCACCGACCUCCACCACCGCUACCUCUACCUCGCCGACCGCUACGCACAGUCCCUCCUCGCCAACGCCAAGUCUCACUCCCACUCCCACCUCAACCUCCACCUCAGCUCCGACUGCUCAUCCGACGUCGACGACCGCUCCUCCGAUGCCGGCAGCUCCCUCUCCUUCCAACCCCACUCCGGAAUCACCGAUGACCACCACCACCAUCCCGCUGCUCCGGCUGUUUACGCCGAGCUGGUGGUGGCGGAGCUGGUGAUGGCGUGGGUGGACCGGGACGUCCUGGCGGACGAGGCCGACCGCCGGCGGGCCGAGUCGGCGCGCAAGAUCGACCUGCAGGGGAGCCUGCUGGAGGUGCUCGAGUCGGAGCGCCUCGUCCUGCUGGGCGAGAACGCACGCCUCGCCUUCCGCGCCACCGCCGCCGAGGAGGAGGCCGCCGCGGCGGCAGCCGAGCUCGGCUACACGCGCCGCCGCGCCGCAGACCUGGCCCGGCUCGCCGUGAAGCUGCGGGACGACCACCGGGUGUGCAUCCUCGGGCGGAAGGUCGAGGCGCUGCAGGCGCAGGUGUACGGGCUGGAGCUCCGCAACCGCGAGUGCUUCGAGGCCAUGGCCGCAUGGGAGGCCGAGCGCAAGGUCGGCGUCGCCGAGAUCGACCGCCUCCGCGCCGAGAACCGCCGCCUCGCCGCAGAGGCCGCCGUCGCCGCGCAGGCGUCGUCGAGGAGGAAGCGUGGGGGCGGCAAGGGUGGCGGGAGCAGCGGGUGGUGGUGGCUUGCGAGGGUGCGACUGGCGGCGGAGUGGACGCCGUGCGCGCCGACGUCGGUGACGGUGAGGAAGGUCGGCGAGCAGAUGAAGGGCGGCAAGUACAACGGCGGCUGCUUCUGCAUGUAG